AUGGCCUCAAGAAUUGUUGCUCCUUCAAUUCCAAAGUCCCAAUCCCACACAAAACGUGCGUGCUUGUGCUCUCCCACCACACACCCUGGCUCCUUCAGGUGUAGCUUUCACAAGAAGCCCCUCAGAACUGUGCCUAGGAACCCCUCCAACAACACCUCUCAUCAUCAUUUGGACUCAUCUAUUUUUUCUGCAAAAGCUGAUUCUUUGAUGAAGGCAUUUCUCCUGCAAGUUAUUAAGCCCUCUAGCCAUGAUCUUCACAGAAGGAAGAGUUUCCAACCAAAGCCUACCCGGUUUUGUUUGAUGAAUGGUAACAAUGAUGGAGUUUCAGUUUCUUGA